CCAUGUCAUACACUUUCUCUUCCUAAAAAAAAUCCAAUAUCAAACACUGUCAAUGAUGAAGUCAUCGGUACUCAAAACUAUGUAUUAAAUAUGUAAUUUCCUAAUCCUAUUUUUAUAGCUCCCUUUUCUCUUUUUGCCUAUCGGGCUCUGUAUGUUGUGCCGAUAUCAUGUAAAGAUUAUUUAUCCCCAUUUCACUUUCUUUGCCGUAGGAAAAAUUUUGAUUUGAGGGAUUCAAAACCUGUCUACAACUGAUUGAUUGGAAUCCUUAUCGGAUAUUGAAUUAAAAGAGAAAUCUAGGAUAACUAACGUUUAUGAUGGGUAACUGUUGCGCAAAAAAUAAUACACAGACGAGAGCAGUCUUGUAUCAACACAGAAACGAUUAUGAAACACAGUCUCCUGCUUCCAAUUCACAUGUUUAUACUGAAAUCCAAAAACAAGAAGAAAUUUAUGAUGACAUCUUAGAGACAAAUGUGAAAAUUCCAAGUUUGUGCAAAUACUCAGUAACGGCAGCCAUUGACUUCGGUACAAAAUACAGUGGCUAUGCAUUCGCAUUGAAUAGGUCAGAUACCACAAUAAAACUACCAACAUGGUCAUCUGGCACAGCAAUGACAACUAAAGCACCUACGACAGUCUUAUUUAAACCAGAUAAGACCUUCUUCAAGUUUGGAUAUGAUGCCAUUGCAUACAUGCAGGAAAAUCCGUAUGAAGAGGAUCUUGACAAAUUUUAUUUCUUCCAAGAUUUUAAAAUGUGUUUGUAUCAAGCAGAGGAACUAUCACUGGAAACUAAAAUUCCAGAUGUUACGGGUCGGAAAACAUUGUCGGCAAUAGCAGUUUUCUCCAGUGUAAUAAAAUUUUUCUACGAUCAUCUGAUUUCAAACUUUGACAACCGUUUUGGUGAAUCGUCUUUUGAGAUGAGUGAUAUAUUUUGGGUGAUAACCGUACCUGCCAUAUGGAGCCUGAAGGCUAAAUACUUCAUGAGAGAAGCUGCUGCAAAAGCUGGUAUACCGGUCAAUCAAAUGGCAAUAGCACUAGAACCGGAAGCAGCCAGCGUGUUAUGUCGUACAAUUGAAGUGUACGUCUCAUCGAAUGAUGGAAGUGGAGGUGUAACAAAAUGUUUUGAUACGAUACCAGAAAAGUCUACCUAUCUUGUCGUAGAUAUGGGAGGUGGUACGGUAGACAUAACUCUUCAUCAAGUCCUUGAAGGAGGAGGCCUCCUCGAACUUCACAAAGCUAGCGGUGGGGACUACGGUGGAAACCAGGUCAAUAACAGAUUUAUAAAAUUUAUUGAAGAAUUAUUCGGAAACAAUGUUUUGGAAAUGGUCAAACAAAAAUACCCCUCAGACUGGGUGGAAUUUCUUACUGAUUUUGAAAUCAAAAAGAGAGCAACAACCAAAUCAGAAGAUCAAGAAAAGGUUGUUUUGAGAAUUCCUGUUUCAUUCGUUGAGGAAUACAAAACAUUGAUGAAACAUGACAUCCACGAAAAGAUAAAAUCCCUCGGCUAUGAAGGAGAAGUUGAAGUAAAGAAAGAUAAAUUGUGCAUGAAAUGGAAACUUUUUAAGUCCUUCUUCGAAUUUUCUUUACAGGGGAUUAAAACCUGUAUUGAAAACAUACUGAAAUAUGGGGGCAAUAUAGAUUCCAUACUGUUUGUUGGAGGGUUUGCCGAAUCACCCUAUAUUAUCCGAAUGCUCAGGGAGCAUUUCAAAAACUUCAAGGUUCUUGUGCCAGAAGAGCCAUCUCUUGUUGUUUUGAGAGGAGCUUUAUUAUUUGGGUUCGAUCCAACUAUAAUUAAAACAAGAAUUUGUCGUUACACGUAUGGUUUUGCCAAUCAACGACCAUUCAUUGAAGGGAAAGAUAAAAUGGAAAAGAAAACAAAGCACGGUAAACGAUUUUACUGUGAUGAUGCUUUUGAUAAGCAUGUAGAAAUAGGAGAGAUGCUUCGUUUCGGGAAAUUUCAAGAACCGAAAGAUUACCACCCACUAAAAGAUGAACAAGUAUUGAUUAUGCUCGAACUAUAUGCCUCAACUGAAAAGGAUCCAAAAUACGUCGACGAUCCAUCUUGUCACCUAGUUGGUGUAAUGGAAAUUGAGUUAACACCACGAAAACCGGGAGAAGAUGGUACGGUGGUAGUUCGUGUCAAUUUUAGUGGAACUGAAUUGGAGAUAGAAGCACGUGAAAAAAGAACUGGAAAUAUUACUCGAGCAACAUGCAAUUUCUUAGGAUAACUGCAGAGUUAUCUUUGAAUAUAUAUCGGUUCUGUCUCAAAUUUAUAUCAUUUGUUUCAGAUUCAAAAUUAGUUGUCUUGAAGGAGAUUUUUUUGUGCUGGAAAUGAAACCAAUUUAUAGUACUUUUUCAAGUUUUGCCCUUUUGAAGAACAUUGAACAUCAGAACUUUGGGUGGCGAUUUGUACUAUUUUUUGUUGUAUAUUUUUACCUAUUCUUUUUUUUUUUAAAGGCAUUUUAAAGAUGCUGUAAAUAUUAAAUAUUACCAAUUCUAACUCAUAUAUUGAAUGAUAUUUAUCAGAAAAUAAUUACUCUGAUCUUGCCUUCAACAAAUUCACUAAUAUUUUUUCUUCAAAUAUGUUUUUCCAUGAACUAUAUUCGAUUGAUAUUCGACUGAUCAUUUUUUUGUGAAUCAUAGUAUUGUUCAUGAUAAAAAAAGACAAUAUUAUUGACUCUUUUAUAUAAUUUAUAUUUGUGUUAUAUGGAUUAAAAGAAAAUCAU